AUGGCAAUAGUAUUGUUAAGCUGCUGGCGAAAAUACCGGGUCAAUCGUUCGCGACCUCAGCUGGUACCGCCUGGUCCUACACCUCUUCCAGUAUUGGGAAACGUUCUCAGUCUUGAUACUGCUCGACCUUGGCUGACCUUCAAUGCCUGGAGAUCUACAUACGGUGACAUAAUUUAUGCUCGUCUGCCCAACAAGCCUAUCCUGGUCGUUAAUUCUGAAGAGGUCGCCAAAGACCUCUUUGAAGAGCGUUCCAGCAUAUAUUCGGAUAGAACCCUUACGAAGCAUAUCGCCAGCUUCGCUUCAGACUUUAACGUAGGGUUCAUGCCAUAUGGAGACAGGUGGCGUCUUCACCGGCGAAUUUUGCAUCAAGCGUUUCGUCAAGUUGAAACACCAACUUAUCACGCUAUACUGUUGUUCAGUCUUCUACAGGACCCCAGCAGUUAUGCAAGCCAUUUUCGGAUGUCAGUCGCAACAGUCCUUUCAAAAUACAAGGAUGACUACAUCGUCCACGCCACCACAAGCUAUGCGGAAUUGAUAGAAGAUGCUUUAGCGCCAACUGCUAUGACGUUGAUGGAAACAUUUCCUUUCCUUUUGCAGCUACCUAGCUGGUUUCCUGGUGCUACAUUCAAACGAGCGUCAGUCAAGUGUAUACGGGCAGGUCAUGAUGUGAAGGAGAUACCCUUUCAAUAUGUCAAAGAGAGGAUGUCUACUAACGACACGGGGCCGUGCUUUGUGGCUGAUGCAUUCAACAGGAUGCACCUUUCUCAAGAGGAUGCCUCCAUUGAAACUGCGAUUAAGGAGACUGCUUCUAUUGCAUUCACAGCGGCAUCUGGAACGGCAAGUUUCUCCUGUUUGCCCUUGACUCAGACUAUUUCCACAUUGCUUGUAUUCCUUCUUGCUAUGAUACUCAACCCAGAGGUGCAAACUAAAGCGCACGCGGAGAUUGAUCGAGUCGUUGGCAAAUAUAGACUCCCAGACUUCAAUGAUAGACCAGCGUUGCCUUACGUGGAAGCUAUCUUGCGUGAGACUCUCAGGUGGUAUCCCGUGGCACCACUCGGUGUCCCACACGCAACGACAACCAGUGACGUCUACAAUGGUUAUUUCAUCCCCAAAGGAGUUGCUGUAUUUCCAAAUACAUGGAAAAAAUACUCCAAUCCUGAUGAAUUCAAACCGGAAAGGUUUCUCCAUGAAGACGGGUCCCUCACCAGUGACACUAUGGCUUUAGCCUUUGGCUGGGGUCGCCGUAUAUGUGUGGGACGGCAUGUGGCGGAGGCAUCAAUCUGGAUAGCAAUUGUGAAUUUCCUGGCGUUUUUCUCGGCCCAUAAAGCUCUCGACGAACGCGGCAUGGAAAUUCCAGUUACUCCAAAGUUCAGCACUGGUUUCGCAAUUAAUCCGGAGAUAUUUCCCUGCUGCAUUGUCCCGCGAUUCCCUGAUGCGUCUGUGAAGACACUAGUGCACCUCACUGGGUUAGGUUCGUCUGUGGAGAUCACCUCCAAAUCCUGA